ACUCAGGUUUCAUAACAAGAUUAUAUAAGGAAAGAAAUAUUAUCUAUCUAUAAAAUUCAUAUUGACUUUUGGUAAAGUUACGAAUUAAGCCUGUGCAAAAGAUUUAUGGUGAGGUAAGAUGGCUGUUGACAGAAAUUUCAAGGGUGCAACUUUUAGUGAUCCUGCCGUUUUUAUGUCUGGAUAAUAUUGAAUCUCAGGAUUUUAAAUGUUUUUUCGUCUCCAUGGAAAAGAGCAGUGAGUAUGGGAUAUGACAAUUGUGUUUUUUCUGGAAUCAAAUUUAACACUCGAUUGAACAUUUUUGAGAAAACGACAGCUCCGAUACAUAGAUUAAAGCAAACGAAUGUCGACUACAUAUAACUCUCAGAAAAAAAUGAUUAAAACUGAUGUAACAUCAAAUUUUGUGCUGCAUUUUAAUUUCACUUCAUGAGAAUAAAAUGGAGAGUUUCAGACCACCAAAUUUAAGGCUGGAACGGACAGAUUCCAACAGCAGCAUGGGAUCAAAUGGGAAACAUAAACAUUCAAAACUAGAAAGGACAGAUUCCACUAAUAGUUUAGUAACUAAACAUAGACCAGCAAAGUUUGAAAGGUCUGAGUCCACUAAUAAUAUACAAGCAGCUGGAAAAACUAAACCAAUGAAGCUGAGUUUUGCAUUUAUUGCCAAACAAGCACUGGAAAAGAAAAAGGGUUCUGAAAGGGAAAGAGAGAAACAAGAACUGAAGAGUAAGAUAACAGAACUAGAGGAGUUUAAAGACAAAUAUGAAAAUGAGAAGAAAGAGAAUGAGAUACUUCAAAAUAGAUUACAAGAGCUUAUGGCAGGUCAGAGUGAUGCUACCAAAAACUUGAUGAAAACAAACGAGCUCUUGGACAGGCUGCGAAUAGACAACAAAAAGAAGAUUGAACAGAUAGAGAAGAUGCAGAGUGAUAUAAGAUUUAAAGAUGAUAGAAUGAGGAAUUUAGAAAUUAGAGCAUCUGAAGUUGAAAAAGCUGAACUUAUUCUGGAAACUACCAAGCAAAACCUUGAAUCUACAAUACAACAAGUUAGAGUGAGGGACAAUGAGAUAAAAAGAUUGGAGAAGGACAUAGAUGACUGUAACAGACAGCUAGAGACAGCAAACAGUAGGAUAAAGGACCUGGAGGAAAAGAUGGAAGAUAUGAAGAUACAAGUCAGAUAUGAAAUCAUGAAAAAUGAAAAUAUUGAAAAGAAUUUAGAAACUAUUCCACGGUUAAAAGAUACAAUUCAGGAAAAAGAAAAGGAAAUACAGGAGCAUAAGAGACAGAUAGAGGAGAAAAAUGCACUUCUAACUGCAGCUAGAAAAGGUGUACGGGAAUAUAAAGAUAGACUCAGGAACACGGAACAAGAGAUUGCCCAGACAGAGGUGCUCAAGGAAGAAUUAGAGCUAGCCCAGUGUGAAGUCCAGUCACUGAAACAACUUAUGUAUGGCAAGGAUUAUCUUGUGUCACAGAAAACUAAAGCAUUAGACUUGUCCAAGGAGAUUAUAGGGGUUUUAAAUGAUAAUUUGGACAAUGACCACAUGCAACGGAUACAGCAUUUAAUUGACAGACUUAGUGAUAGGCCUCAAAGAACAAUAUCUGCAAGAUCUAGUGGAUCAACACUAAGUUCAUCAAAAGAAAUGGAUAACAGAGCCUCUUCAGCCCCACCACCCAGGCCUCAGAGUUGUUACCCAAACCCUAACCACAGAGAACUUGACGUCAACAACCAUCCGUAUGGCAUUGACUCUGAUCAUCAUGGCAACCAACAAAAUGGUUCCCAUGGCAACCAGUCACAUAGCAACAAAAGAUUUUCAAACCAAGUGGCUACAGAAACACCAGAUAAAAGAAAAAGACCCGUGUCGGCCAUGGCUCAGCCAGUCAAGAAACACAGUGCUCAUGUACAUAGAACCACCUCAUAUAAAGAGGCUCACAAAGUAUACACCAAACCACUUCCACGAAAAACUAACAGUUUCGAUAUUGACAUUAUUCAAAGUCCUAGGAGCAAUACAACUUAUAAGUCGGAAAAACAUGUUCAUACUAAAUUAAAACCAUCAUUAGAUUACAGUAUAAGUACAGACAGGAGUAAUGAAAAUUUUGAUAAAAGAGAGUGCGAGUCGGCGAAGGAUGAGAAAGGACCAUUGCCUAGUGACGCUGAUUCAGUGUUUUCCUCAGAGUCGGAUUUCGAGGAGGAAAUGACGUCAGAACAGGAGUGUGUAUUAAAGGGAGUAAGUGCUCGUGAAAAAGAUGCGGCAUUGGCGGAGAUUAUAAAUGUUGGUGAUAGGGUGCUUAUUAGUAUUCCACAGAAACCUCCAAGAUACGGCAAGAAAAAAGUUUUGAAACCUAUUAACUACAUGGGGAUUGUAAAGUUCAAGGGCAAGUUACACCCAGAGAAGUACGAUGCUAGGAUACAUGUGGGUGUUCGUAUGGACGAGCCUGUUGGAGACACAGAUGGGACAUACAGGGGCAAACGACUGAUGUAUACACCAGCUGAUCAAGGCAAAUUCUUUAAAUUAAGGGAGCUAACUUCUGUACUCAAUGUUAAGACUGGAAGAUAUAUUCCUAUACAAAGACUAAUUAUUCAUUCCUUGCAUAAAAGAAGCAGAUCAGAGUCACAAGCAGAACACUGACAAGAAGAUUUUAAUGACUUGCCUGCAUGACCAUGAGUUUAUAGGAACUUUGUAGAACAUUCCAUUGAUCUGGUAGUCCUCAAGUGAUUCCAGUUCCACUCAAUACCAUAGUAUAAUACUAGAUUAAUGAAAUUUACUCACAAAUUGUUUAUCUGGGCAGCUACAUGUUGAGCUGAAAUGGCUGUUGAGGUAUUCUUACAACUUAUGAGAGUUGCCCCCCUUGAAUUGCACAUUUAGAAUGUGACCAAAGAGUUGCUCCCCUUGAUGUUCAUAUUUAGAACAUGAUCAUGUAUUAUUAAAAAGACAUCUUAGUGAAGCUGUUGCUGCAAGGUAGUAGGACUUUGAAUUAAUAAGUGCUGCUUUAUUUUAAUUUUUUUGCUCAGAAAUACAAAAUUUACGUAGUCACAAAAUUCGUCAAGAAGUUAAGAGAUGAACUUUGUAGAACUAGUCUGCUUAACAUUGUCUUGACUUUAACAGAAUGAAAAUACAGGAAGAACUGGUUAAUCUGUCAUGCAAGCAUGUUAGAAACAGUCGCAUGUAUUCUUAUUGUAGUGUAACAGGAAACACAUUUACUGGGUAUAUGAAAAGGCUGUACCUGAGUUUUAUUUUCAUACAAGACCUAACAUUUCUAAAUAUUGAAAUUCAUACAAGUAGCAUAUUUGCCAUACUGUGAACUCAUUAAUAUUCAUGGAGGACUAAUUUUCACUGAAUAUUCAUGGUGGACUGACUUUCCUGGCAUUAAUAUGAUUGUGUCAAUAUUUGAAAUUAAAUCUCAAUGAACGAAUGAAAUUUCUAACCAUUUCAUCUUCAAAGGUUUGUCUUCCCACAGAAUACAUCUUUUGGUUCAAACAAAAAACUUUUUUCCCACAAAAUUAAAAAACAAUCACUAUUUCUGGUUUCUUAUGCCAGGACAGCUCUAGCAAUUGGAGUAAUUAUAAUGAAACAAACUUUUCGCCAGUUAAGCUAGUCAGACCAAUUUUAAAUAGUCUUGUCACUGAACUAAAUGGAAGUUUUCAUGCUUAUAUGAAUGAAUUUACAAUAUUUUUCCAAAGAUUUUGGGAACAUGAUCCAUAACAAUAAACCUGAUGAACUUAUGUGGAUUUCUAUGAUCAUUUUGAGGACUGAAAUAUGUGAUCUUAAUUCUUAAUUAGCCAAGCAGGAAAUAAAGGGGAAAAUUUUGAUAUACAAGAAAUAAUGUUCUUUGUAGCGGGGAUGGCAUUGGGAUGGUCUUAAUGCUGAGAUUUGCUGUUUUGUGAGCCUGCAGCUGUAUGUGCUAAAUAUAUAUGUUUGAUGGAGCGAUGCAUUUAAAGACAAUUAUUAUAUUCCAGAGCUGACAGAGAAAGUUAUUUAGAUUUUAUGCUAAUUAUAUUGAAGUAAUUCUUAUUUAUAUUCAUAUCAUCUCGCUAUAUGUGUAUCAUGAAUAUUAACUAGCUGUUAUUCAGCCUUUUACAUCGUAAUAGUUUAAUAUCUUAUUACAAACGCUUCCAUUUUCAUGUUUGGUAUUUUAUUACUGUUUAUUUAUACAUUGUUGCAACGUCUGUGAUAUAUCUUUUUGUUAUAUUUUCUUUCAGUGAAUUAUUUAAAUAUCACCAUGAAUAUAUAAAUUAUAUUGCUUGAAUGUCUUUUCAUAUUGAAUUUAUUAAAUGAGUCUGCGCCAAGCAUUUUAUCAUGUUUAUUCAAAAAGCCUAAUAAAUUCAUAGUGGAAAGAUGCAAAACGUGAUAUUUUUUAUAGCAUAUGUUAGCUCGCCAAAAUCCUUUCUUUCUUCAUCAACUAUUGUUACAAUAAAUAAUUUCAGCCAGUGUCUUCUAAGUUUAAAUGAUAUGUCAGUGUCAAAAUGUUAUUACUCAAUCACUCUGGUGUAACACAAAAAUGUGGUAAAGAUUUGUUUUACUCUACAACAAUAACCCUUACCCUGCUAAAUUUCUAUAAUGAACUUGUCUAUCUUUGAAGUUGGACAGUACCAUUAAUUGUUAAAAGGGGUGCUUAACAAAAAAGUACUGGCUGAAUGAAAAGCGAACAGUGCAGAUCAUGAUCAGACUGCAUAGAUGUGCAGGCUGAUCAUGAUCUACACUGCUUGCAAAGGCAGAAACAAUCGUGUCUAGCAUAAUAAGGGUUUAAUAUUGAUUAAGAGUUUUAAACUUCCUUUCAAUAAGAAUUUUGAUUUUGUCAUAUUUUACGUAACAUAGCUUUACUUUACAAUACACAAAAUAGAAAAGUGUAAAUCUAAACUUUGUUCAAAGUGAAAUAUUUCUGGUAUAAUUAGUUGGAAUAUAAACUCAUUUCUGACUUUCCUUUUAUGAAGAUCAUUGACAUUUACACUGAAGUGAAAAUACUUAAGUAAUCUGUGAUAAUUUUCUUGCAUGCUGCAUGUAGCAAUAAAGAAUAAAACUUCACAAAUAACAUU